AUGUUGUUGAUAAACGAUUGUACUUCUGGUUCUGUAGAAGAAACCGUUUCGAGUCUUUACUGUGUUUGUGAUGAUUGUGGGUGGCGAAAUAUUAUGAUUGUUGUCAAAUUACCGAGUAGUUUCCUCGAGGUAAUAGAGAUUUCCUUUUGGAAUAGAGAUAUCAGCAAUAUGGAAUUCAAUAUUAAAUUAACCAUAUUUUUCAAGGCCGUAUCGAUUAUCGUUCCAUGUACAUCUUAA